AUGUCCAGAACUGCUUUACUCACAAUUAGUUUAAAACCUAUGAUUAAUGGAUAUGUUAAGAAUAAGAGGCUCAUAGAGGCAUUGGAGCUUUUCCACAAGAUGCAGAGACAAAGGGUUCAGCCUAGUGAAUUUACAAUGGUGAGUCUGUUAAGUGCUUGUACUCAUUUAGGAGCACUUCAACAUGGGGAAUGGGUUCAUGAUUAUGUAAAAAGGGGUCAUUUUGAGUUGAAUGUCAUUGUUCUCACAACAAUUAUUGGCAUGUACUGCAAGUGUGGAGCUAUUGUAAAGGGUAUUCAAGGGCAAUCAAAUACCCACAAUAUCUGUGGGAUGGUAUAUUUUGCAAUGAUGCUAGAAGCAUAA